GGCGGGCCUCCGCCUGCUGCGCCCGAGCUCGGAGAGCCCGGGCACCGCGGCCGCCGACGCAGCCACGGUCCCGGUUCCUCAGUCCUGAGGCGCGCGCGGGCUCUCGGGUGACCCUAGAGGGGGCCGCGGGAGGGAGCGCGAGGCGGCGAAGGGCGGGCCGCACGCGUCCCCGGCCGCCCCCCGCGCGCGCGUGGCCGGGCCCAGAGAAGCCCCGGCGCGGGGAGCGCCGGCCCGGCGCGGGCGAGGGCGAUGCCGCGGUGACGGCCCCGCCAUGGCGAAGCCCCCGGCGGCGGUGGCGGCGGCGGCGGCUGCAGUGGUGGGGUCGGAGGAGCUGAGCCAGGUGCCGGACGAGGAACUGCUGCGCUGGAGCAAGGAGGAGCUGGCGCGGCGGCUGCGGCGCGCCGAGGGCGAGAAGGUGGGCCUCAUGCUGGAGCACGGCGGCCUGAUGCGCGACGUGAACCGGCGGCUGCAGCAGCACCUGCUGGAGAUCCGCGGCCUCAAGGACGUGAACCAGCGACUGCAGGACGACAAUCAGGAGCUGCGUGAGCUCUGCUGUUUCCUGGACGACGACCGGCAGAAAGGGCGCAAGCUGGCGCGCGAGUGGCAGCGCUUCGGACGCCACGCGGCCGGCGCCGUGUGGCACGAGGUGGCCCGCUCGCAGCAGAAGCUGCGGGAGCUCGAGGCGCGCCAGGAGGCCCUGCUGCGCGAGAACCUGGAGCUGAAAGAGCUGGUGCUGUUGCUGGACGAGGAGCGCGCGGCGCUGGCGGCGGCCGGGGGGGCUGGCGGCGGCGGCGCUGGCGGUGGCGGCGCGGGCUCCCGCAGCUCCAUCGACAGCCAAGCCAGCCUGAGCGGGCCCCUGGCGGGGAGCGCAGCGGGCUCCGGGGCCCGCGACGUUGGCGACGGCAGCAGCACGUCCAGUGCGGGCAGCGGCGGCAGCCCGGACCACCACCACCACGUCCCAGCGGCUCUGCUGCCCCCGGGGCCGCACAAGGGUCCCGACGGCAAGGCCGGAGCCACGCGCCGCUCCCUGGAUGACCUGUCAGCGCCGCCACACCACCGAAGCAUCCCUAACGGCCUGCACGAUCCCUCAUCCACCUACAUCAGGCCAUUGGAGACCAAGGUGAAGCUGUUGGACAGUGACAAGCUCCCCGCACAGCUGCCCCGCCCCUACGGCCGCCAGAGAAACCGGCUCCAGCAGGCAGGCUCUGGAGAGUUCCGUACCCUUCGGAAAGGCUUCUCCCCAUACCAUUCGGAAUCCCAGCUCGCGUCCCUGCCGCCCUCCUACCAGGAAGUCCUACAGAACGGCCCAGCCUGCCCCGUACCCGAGCUGCCCUCCCCACCAUCCACCGUCUACAGUUCAGCAGGACAGAAACCCGAAGCUGUCGUGCACGCCAUGAAGGUUCUGGAAGUACAUGAGAACCUUGACCGGCAGCUUCAGGACAGCUGUGAGGAGGACCUGAGUGAGAAGGAGAAGGCCAUCGUGCGAGAGAUGUGCAACGUGGUCUGGAGGAAACUGGGGGACGCCGCCAGCACCAAGCCCUCCAUCCGGCAGCACCUGUCUGGUAAUCAGUUCAAGGGGCCAUUGUAGGGCCGCUUCUCCGAGGACGUGGACUGGCCCUGCCUGGAGUCUGAGGCCUUAGAGCUGGCAGAAACUCUGGCCCAGCCACCGUCUUUCUCCGUGGUGAAUUGUACAUAGGACACGGCCCGCCCUGGCUGCCCUGGUGUGACACUGACAGCCAGGCCUCCACCUCCUGCCUCCCUCACCAGCAAACCUUGGGAAGACAAGAAGCUGUUGCUCUCUCGCUCGCUCGCUGCAGCCAAGUGGCCAAGGCAGCCUGGCUCCCCGUUUGGGCUCCAUGUUCCAUCAGCAAGAAGCUUCUGAGACUCCAAACCAAGCGGCUAUCUGGGGAGGUGGCCUGCUCUCGGUAGAAGGUCCCUCAACAAGUAUUCUAACUCGCUGUCCCUUACACUGGACAGAUGCCACCAGAGCCUGAAUUGAGACACAGGUGGCUCUUUUCUGCUACCUUGCCAGAGCCAGGACCCUGGGUCACGGAGCACUGGGUCCCGUGUGUCCAUGGCUGGCUGGGAGCUCAGGGUUCCCUGUCACCUGGGGGUCGGUACCCAGCCACCCCGAAGCCAGCUUCUGCUCGUUAGCAUUCACUCCUUCAGUGACGUCUCCUCACCCAUGCCAGGCUUAGCCACUUCGUAGGUGACUCCUGCCAGGCUUCCUUUUCUGGUUUACAGCAACAUAGGAAAGUCCUGGAGAAUGUCUGGGCCAGGCUCAGCAUUCUCAAUGGGCAGGUAGAACUGGGCCAUUGCCCAGGGUCACUGUCAAUGUGACAACCCCCCUCCCCCGCCCCCCGUGUGCUCUGGGUCACUAGGAAUGAGCUACAGGAGUCACCCCUGACGAGGUUUCCCUGGGAAGGAAGGGGCAUGCCUGGUUCUGGCUUUAAUCUGCUGUGUGGCCUUCCGCAAGCUACUCAGCUUUCCUGGGCCCCCAGCGGUUCCUUUUGCCUCUGCUCACUCUAGAAACCACCCCAGUUUGGUGGACCUCUGUCCUCACAGCAGAUGAGCUCAUGUGGCAACCUACUGGGAACAUGCUAGGCCAGCGUGUUUGUCAUGCUGUCCCCUCACAGGUCACAUCUGAGCCUUAGCCCCUCCCUCCAAGGGACCUGCCUGCAUUGGGGGUCAAAUUCAUGCUUCAGUGAACAUGCUCAUGCCUCAGCCGGGGGCGGUGCAUAGCUGUCAGGGGUGUUCUCUAGUGUGGUUGGAGAACAAGGACUCAGGUGCUUCUGGGAACCAUGCAGAUGCUAUCUGUAGGAGGCCCUGGCCACACUGCUGGCUUCACCUUUCCAUGUAUUUACAUCCACACCCAUCAGCUAUUCUCACGUAAUGGUACUUAGAGCCCCAUGCAGCAAGCCCAAAGAGCUUGUCCUCGCCUCAGGUCCCUCCCAAACCCUGUGAGCAGAGGGGACAGGCCAAGAAGGUGGGUGGCAUCCUUGCUCCCCAACCAACCCAGCCCUGGAACCUUGGGCUAUUCCCAGCACCUUUGUUGCCCACACCCUUGGGUCCCACACUCUCAGGGGAAAGGCCCAUGGCCCUCGGUGUGCCCAGGGAGUGUUGUGCAGGGGCUGUAGGGGACCGGCCCACUGCUCUGGCUGUCAGUGGCCCUGGGAAGCUCUUUCUAGGAGCUGCUGUAUGGUCACGUGAUAAAACAUGCAACUCCAUCUGCCGGCCCCGGCCGGUCCUGGAUAUUUCUAAGUGGGCUGCUGAGCAGGCAAGACCCUUCCUGGUUCUUUGAAGCCAAGGAACCCCGGAAUAAUGCUGAGGUAUGUGGGCCCACACAAGGUGGGAGCCAAGUCAGAGAGUCCCAGUCACAUUUGUAUCAGGAUAGUUUAGCCACCUUUGAAAUAAGCAAUAAGUAAGAGCUCCUGGAAUCUGAAGACGGGCCAAGAAAGACAGGCCUAGAAAAGACCUUUCCGUUUUGGAGGGGUGGGACCCUGUCCCUGAUGUUGCAGGGCAUCCUGAGAAUCUGAAGAGAAUUUCUCAUAGGCCCCUCUGCCCUUGUGCAGGCAGGGUGAGCCAAGCCCAGCCCUCGGCAGUAGGCUGGUUCCCUAGGACAACCUGGGUCAUAUCUCAAACCUAACCGGAGAGACCAGCAGCACCCAGUGGAGCCCGGGCUAGGGAGGGCAGGUGGUCCUCCGUGACCCGUCCCUUCUGGAGCCUUAGCCUUUGCAGUGCUGACUCUCCAUCCCAAGCUCACAGUAUGCUCGUGCUGGCUCCACCCCCCACCCCCCACCCCCACACCACUGUGACAGGUCACUCGACCCAUCUAGGGUGGCCUGGCCUUCCUGGAGUCAGAAUCUGCUGAGCACAUCCUCAUUUGCGUUCAACAGCCACAUGCCAGUGUUUUAAGACAAAGUGACCUUUCAGUUUUCUUUCUUGAAACUUGAGAGGAAGUGAGAUACAUACUACUGAUUUUUUUUUUUUUUUUUAAAGAAACAAACAAAACCCAAGGCUGCGGAGUGGCAGAGGUGUCUAUUUUCAUACUGUGGGGGGAAGCGUGCUGCUUUGGGGAGGGGCUGGAACGCCUGGUUUCUGCCCUAGGCCAGUCUUCUAUAGGAGUUGGUGGUGAGACCUGCAGCUUCCCCCUCCUGCCCUGGCCGUGUAGAGCUGGAGCCUGUGCACUUCGGCUGUUUCUACCUUCUAUUGAACCACUUUUGAUUUGUGGAGAGAGAAAAAAAAAUAGAACUUUUGAUAGUGUGGUAAAAGCAUUGAUUUGAACUAUUUUAGUAAAAGGAGUAACAUAUAAGAUUGUGACAGUGUCUACUUUGAACUAGAUAAUAAAGGCCUCUUUGCGAGCCUCGGA